AUGACCGCGCAUGCGGGGUUGCCGGCGCUCGCCUGGCUGGCGGCAACUGCACAUGCGCAGUGCUCCGCCCACGCAGCCCCGCGGCUGAAACCCGCUCCUUCCCGAUCCCGCGGUCAAAGCGGCCGAAAUGGGUUUGUAAAAGUCAUCAAGAGCAAGUCUUACUUCAAGAGAUACCAAGUCAAGUACAGGAGGAGGAGAGAGGGGAAGACAGAUUACUUUGCACGCAAGCGCCUUGUGGUUCAAGACAGGAGCAAGUAUAACACCCCGAAGUACCGCCUGACGGUCCGCCUGUCUAACAGGGAUAUUGUGUGCCAGAUCGCGUUCGCCAGGAUUGAGGGAGACACGAUUGUGUGCGCCGCCUACUCCCACGAGCUCCCCAGAUACGGCGUGAAAGUUGGGCUGACAAACUAUGCGGCUGCGUACUGCACAGGUUUCCUGCUGGCUCGGCGGCUUCUGCAGAAGUUCGGACUGGAUCAGAUCUACGCCGGGGAGCUGGAGGUGUCCGGUGAUGAGUACAAUGUGGAGAGGGUGUCAGGCAAGCCCUCUGCAUUCGGCUGUUUCCUGGAUGCUGGUCUUACCCGCACCACCACCGGCAACAAGGUGUUUGGAGCCAUGAAGGGUGCAGUGGACGGUGGACUCUCCAUCCCACACAGCACCAAGCGUUUCCCGGGUUAUGAUGCCGAGAGCGAGCAAUUCCGUGCCGAGGUUCACCGCCGACACAUCCUGGGGCUGAAUGUUGCCGACUACAUGCAGCAGCUGAAGGGGCAGGACAGGAGGCAGUUCUCCCAGUACAUCCAGCAGGGCGUCACCCCUGACAUGAUGGAACCGGAGCAGCCUGUCCCUGGCCCAGCGCAGGGACUGUGUGGCACAGCGAAAAGCCAGAUUCCUCCGAGCCCAGGCUGCCGCCAGCCAACAGACGAGGACUUCACCGCUGGCAAACAGCUGGCCGGAGAGCUGUCCACAACACGCAGCUGCAUUGGAAGAGACGGAGGGGGCAUCAGGGAAUGGAUGUUGGGUCCUGGUGGCUGGAGCCUGCUGGCCAUUGGGUGUUGGGUCCUGGUGGGCGGAGCCUGCUGA